AAAGUCCAGUUAUAGUUGUUUGGUUAAAACCUGCAGUUACAAGGACAUAUCAAUGGAAUAUGGUAUUUAUACGAUGAAGAUUAAACGGAGCUUGGAACAUAAACGUUCGACUGCAACUAAACCGAUACCCGAGAGUCUUAUUGAAUUAUGCCAUCCGGAAAUGACGUUGCAGAAAGACUACGAUAAAUUUCACUAUACCCAGCAACAAGAAGCUCAAGCUCAAACUCAAGAUAUUGGAGUGGAUCAAGAUUAUCAAAAUAUAUCGGCAGCAGAAGAAAGCUUUUUUAUUGAUAUUAUUUCAACGGACAAUACAGAAACCUUAGCUCUGAGACGUACUAUAGGCACAGAUCCGGAUUUUCGUGAGGAUAAUAAUAGUGUUGUGCAGAGUGAGAAAUUGAUUAGAAGUGUUAGUAACGAUGCUAUGAAUGUAUUUGAUAUUUGUCAGGCAGUUGAAGUUGCUACAGUUCCAUCACAGGCUGUAUUCAUCAGUGAUGUUGAUGAACCCAGUACAUCGAAAGGCAUACGACAUAUAAGUUUAGAUGUACAAUGUGGACCCGAUGAGAUUUCUAAAUACUGUAUGCUUUCUCCUGCAACCUCAAUGGAUAGUUACAAAAAGCACUGA